CAGCCACCGAGGUCGGAGAGCGCCUAUAAAACUUUAAUCAAGGGUUUUUCUUGGUUCGUGUUAGUAGAAUAAUCUUCUUUCUCUCGUUCUCGUUGCCUUGCCUCCUCUGAUACUUUCUGAGAGCUAAAUCCUUCACUUUUAUAGGUGACUCGUCAAACAAUUGCUGCUGGUGCGUUGAGCUUUCUACCAAAUUACUGCUCUGCUGUUCUACUGAUCUGCCAGAGGUUCAACUUUUUAACCUUCUCCAUCUCCUUCAGUAUUCUCUCUUCUAUAAAAAAAAAAAAUCAGGGAAUGCUGAAAGAUGUGCUUAAAAGCUAAGAGGUCUUUCUCUGAGGCUGAUGAUGCUGAAGCUCCAUUUGGGUUGUCCUCAUUUAUCCUUGAUGAGAUUGGACAGAUAAUUUACUGCCCUUACCAUUUCUCUGAUCAAAUGCCCACUGGGGCUAAAUAUUUUAGGGGACAAGUUGCUUCGUAUCAGGACCUUUGUGAAGACGGUUGAGGUCUUGCAGCCUUAAAAUAAAUUUUUGGACUGUGUAGUCUCUACAUAGCAUAUUUUCUUCCUGGGAAAAUAGAAUAUUAUUGUGUAGUAGCUUUCUAAAUUGGAAUGGAAAAUAAAGGGAGUGUGUUGAUGCAACGGUAUGAAUUGGGGAAAUUGUUAGGACAAGGCACCUUUGCGAAAGUCUAUCAUGCAAGGAACCUUACAACUGGCAUGAGUGUGGCCAUUAAAAUUAUCGAAAAAGAGAAAAUUUUGAAGGUUGGGAUGAUUGAUCAAAUUAAGCGAGAGAUAUCUAUAAUGAGACUGGUUAGACACUCCAAUGUGGUGCAGCUUUAUGAGGUCAUGGCCAGUAAAACCAAGAUUUACUUUGUCAUAGAAUAUUGCAAAGGUGGAGAGCUCUUCAACAAGGUGGCUAAAGGGAAGCUCAAGGAGGAUGUGGCAAGGAAAUACUUUCAACAGCUGAUCAGUGCUGUUGAUUUCUGCCACAGUAGAGGUGUUUAUCACAGGGAUCUGAAACCAGAGAACCUACUGUUGGAUGAGAAUGGGAAUCUAAAGGUAUCAGACUUUGGAUUGAGUGCACUUGCUGAAUCUAAGCAUCAAGAUGGUUUGCUUCACACAACCUGUGGGACACCUGCAUAUGUUUCCCCAGAGGUGAUUAAUAGGAAAGGCUAUGAUGGAUCUAAAGCUGAUAUCUGGUCAUGCGGAGUGAUCUUGUAUGUUCUAUUGGCUGGCUAUCUCCCGUUCCAUGAUUCCAAUCUAAUGGAGAUGUAUAGGAAGAUCGAUAAGGCUGAUUUCAAGUUUCCUAACUGGUUCCCUCCAGAAGCACGCAGGCUUGUGUCAAAGAUACUGGAUCCAAACCCAAAUACCAGGAUUUCCAUUGCCAAAAUCAUGGAAAAUUCUUGGUUUCGGAAGGGGUUCAACCAUAAACCCGUAAGAUUGCCAAUGGAAGGGAAAGAACCAACUGCUCUUGAAUCUGAUACUGUCUUUGGUUCAUUGGAGAAUAGUUGUACUCCUGUGGAGGCAAAGCAAGAAUUGGCAAAACCUGUUAACUUGAAUGCUUUUGAUAUCAUAUCCUUGUCGGCAGGGUUUGACUUGUCUGGCUUGUUUGAGGAGAAUGAGCAGAAGAAAGAAGCAAGAUUUACAUCCAGGGAGCCAGCCAAAACCAUAAUCUCUAAGUUGGAGGACAUGGCUAAGCAUCUGAGGCUGAAAGUGACAAAGAAAGACAAAGGAUUGUUGAAAUUGGAAGGAUCUAAAGAAGGCCGCAAAGGGAUCUUAUCCAUUGAUGCAGAAAUCUUCGAAGUUACCCCAACUUUUCAUCUAGUUGAGGUGAAAAAGUCGAGCGGAGACACUCUGGAGUAUCAGAAGAUAAUGAAGCAAGAUAUAAGGCCAGCGCUGAAAGACAUUGUUUGGACUUGGCAAGGUGAUCAACCGCAGCCACAGAAGCCACAAGAAGAGCCACCAGAGCUACAGUUUUCUCAAGUGCUUGCUUUGCAGGUUGGCUCACCUCAGAAUCCAUAACCAAUGGAUGGUUUAGGUACUGAUUAUGACUUGUAAUUUGCAGUGUUUUUUUCUGAAUUAUGUUUAUGAUAAUGUCGGUUUUUGCGUCAAUUCUUAUGCAUUCCUAGUUGUUGUAAUCUGGAUUGGUGGUUGGAGAUGAUACCCUUUGAUAAGUUUUCGAUUCCUUCAAGCAUCCAUAUCUUUGUUUUUUCAAGCAUGUGAAAUAC